AUGGCUCAUAUCGCGAGUGAGAUGGCCCUUCCUCCCAAUAUCACCUUUCCCCAUAGCGACACACGUCUUAACCAGCACAUUAUCAAAAGCCGCCCAGUCCCACUCAACCGUGUUGCUCUCACCAAUAGCACACAAUUGAAGAUCCCUCAAAGCUAUCAGGAAGCUCUCGAGUGGCUGUGCCCACCUUCCACACGCGUAGAGCUGUCCCUCGGUCACGACUACGAAGACAUGGAUAGUACUACCCCCAGCAGCUCAAAGCCACGGUCGGAGGAUCCUUCUAAAUACCCUCCCCAAGCACCAUCUGCCCUCAUUGCCUGUGCUCUUGAUGAACAGAUCGGUACCUGGCGUGCAGCAUCUCCAAUGGAUCGCGGCAAUAGUGGCGAGGGGACUGCAUCGGCAGCAACUAUGACUACUUGCGCAGCACCAGGGCUUGACAAGGAGUUGCCUCCCACCCCGGUAUUUACCCCGAUUGACUCUCUUGAGGAGCAUGAUUUUGAUGGUGAUUCGACUGAGCCAGACUCGGAAACAGAAAAAGUUACUUUCGCGGCCCUCACUCCGAAGUCUUCGCUGGUCUCUCUUAACGAUAGCAUCCUCACUAACGAGACCCCGACCGUUCACGUGGCCAAGGCCAUUAACUUCAAAACUAUCAAGGGCUCAAAAGGCGUGAAGGAUAUGUUGCAGCUGGUUCCUGGUAAACCUGGCUCUAUGAAUGGCUUGUCCGAGGCCCCAGUCGCUGAACGCGUCGUCAUGGUCACCGUUGAAAAGAACGGUAGUCCGUUGCCUCGAAGACCUAUUCGUAAGCCUAGCCGACACGAUCUUCGGGGGUUCAACGCUCUGAGCCAAAAGGGAAAGUCUCGAGUUGCUGACACCGAGAUAGCUCGACAGGCUGUCGCAAGUAGUGGUGUCCUUCAGGAACCCGCUCAGUUGCCCCAAAUGGACGACCCAGCCCGAGUCGCGAGCACCAGCCCUUUGCAACAAGAUGAUGGCAUUCGCCGGUCCAGCAAGUAUGACUGCGGCCCUACGGUCAGAUACUCAGUUGAUGCCCGUGAGGUGAUCAUGGGAGGACAUGAUAGGAGGAGUGUAUCUGCUGCAUCGGUCUAUAAGGGAGCUAUUAGAGAUUCGACUAGUUCUAUCAAGUCUGCCAAGCCGAGUAUGAAGACUGGAAAGAGCGAGAAUGAGAAGGGUGCGCCUAAGCAGGCAUUCAGAAACAUUGUGGUCCAGCUCAAGACUCCAAGCGCUCCCACUGGUGGCAUGCGAGGUGGCCGUUCCGUUUCCGACUUUGGCGCUUCUGGCCCCAAUAUCAAACCCCAAGACGCAAAGAAAGGAGGACAGCCGGCUACUAUGUCCCGCUUUUCCCGCCCAACUGCUGCCAGUGCCGCUCGUGAGGCAGUCUCCAAGUCGACGGUUAAGCUGGCUAAGCACUCUUCCCCAAAGGAUGGCGCAGACCAAUCGACCAAACAUCCAACUUCUACUUCACGCUCUGAAUCGAAGGUACCCCGCCCUACUUGUGCCUCUCUGCCUAAUGACAACUCUGUUACGACUGUCGAGCAACCAAGCAGAGGAUUUAAGAGUCGAAUUUCGUCCUUGCUGCCUAGCCGUCGUCGUAGUGAGCCGCCGGCCACGAACAGGCCGAACAGUUAUAGUCCAAUCCUUAACCGCCAUAGCUCGCUUGCUCAGAGCGUGGGCGCCUCAUCUGCUCAAGCCUCCGUUCAUCGCCAGCCAAACAUUGUAUCCAACCAAUUCGUUCCUGAACCGACAGAUAGGUUGGAUCGUGCAAGAGACCGAGCUGCGCGUCCAACCACGUAUGCUCUGGUCAACCGUGUCCCUCUGCUCACCAACGCUACUCGAUCGAACACUAGUGCCACUUUGCGCCGCAAUCAGGUCCGUGGCGGCGAUGAAGAGCCUCCAACCCCACCACGCUCCCGUAGCGGCCCUGGUGCGCAUUACGAGGGAAUCGGACCGGGUGCUGCAGCUGGCGACAUGGGCGAUGCAGUUGAUGCUCCCCUCCGGGAUGCAGAGACCCAUCUGGACCUGGUCAUCCAUCGCACUCGUCAAGUUACAGACCGGGCUUUCCGAGACCAGUCUAUCCGACUCAUCGAGGAGCUUGGAAGUGCUAUUCAGGUUACUCGACAACUGCACAUGGCAGCCAUUGCUCAGGCUAGAACUAACGCUGGAAUUGCUGCCACUAUCUCCCGUCUGACUGUGGAUGUUGCUACUGUGGUUGCUAUUGCCAACUAG